AUGCAGCACAGUACCAUCUCUGCAGGUGUUGACGCCACUCGGAACUACUUCCAGUUCCGUAUACUGAGCUACUUCAAAAGCUGCCGUGGAAGCGUGCUGAUCACUUCGGGUCUCGAGAUUCUCGGACGUGUUCUUGAAGCUAUAGUGAAUGCCAACUCAACCAAUAGCUGGCGUAAGAUCUUUAUUAUUGUCGCAGGACAUAUAAGCGAAGAGCUGAUAAGACUCUCCGCAGAAGAUGAGAGACUCUACGACCAGGUACAGGCCCAACUUCCCUUGCACCACGAACAGUCUGAGGAAAUUGGCUGGGCUGCUAUACCAAGAGGGAUUCUUCAUGAGAGAAACAAACGUCGCAAGGCACUUCUGGGGAUACAGAUAAGAACGACACGAAUCAAGACACGAAGAGUACUCCACCAUCGAGCUCUAUGGUACAUUCACAUGCUUGGAUGCGACCGGAGAAUGAAAGUGGUGGGUAAAUAUGAAAGGUGA